AUGAGCGAACUUUUGGGUGGGGAAUUUCCUUCUUCUCGCUCUUCUGGGUUUUCUGGUUGUAGUGUUUCCCGUGAAAACAAUUGUACUUGGUCCCAACUUAUGCCUUCCUUUCAAUCUAAUUUUUACCAGACAACCACUCGCGAGUUAUACGACCAGGGUUUAAGUCAGUCUGAGACGGAGCAUUGUUUUGGCCUUCAUCAACUGCGGGCUCGGAUGGAGAGGGAAUUGCGGCCUCAUGAGCAUGGUGUUCCAGAUGCUGAUACAAUGACUUCAGAGCAACCUGCUAGUACAAGCGGUCGCCGACCUAGUAAAGAGCAUGUUGACGAUGAUGAUGAGAUGGAUAUCGGCGAAUAUUCCGAGGGUGAUUCUAUUUUUGAGGAAUCCGAAGGUAAGAGUGGUAACGAUAAUGGGGAUGAAAAUGCCGGAACAACAAAUAAUGAAGUCGGUGCUGCCGGUGUGGAUGAUAAUGAAGCCAAUACUAGCAAUUCAAGUUCUGAUGAUGAUGAUCCUGCUGAUGUUAUAGUGGCGGAUGUGAUCGCAGAUGAGGCUAGGGAGCAGCCCAUUUUUACCGACGAGGAGUCAAAUCGGGUGUCUUUGGUUUUGGACCAGUUCAAUCGCUUAUCAGGUCAGUUGGUGAAUUACCAGAAAUCCUUUGUCAAGUUCAGUCCUAACACCCCUGAUGAUUACCGUGAUUAUUUGUUUGCCUCGCUAAGGCUGGGCCAUCGUCCCCAUCUUGGCAAAUAUUUGGGAGUCCAUGUGGAUUUAGGCAGGGCUAAAUGUUCUACCUUCUAUGACUUGGUUGACAAAAUUGUCCGUCGGAUUGCCAACUUCGUUUAUCUUCGCCUCUCGGCGGCGGCUAAGUUGGUCUUGAUUAACUCCUUCCUCAUAUCUUCCAUUUUUCAUGUCCUGUCAGUGUUUCAGAUUCCUCAGUCUAUUUGUGAUAGGAUUGAUAGUCUCUGUCUUCGUUUUUGGUGGUGCUCUUCGGCGUCCUCUACUAGUAUGGCUAUUCGUCCGUCCUCCUUACCGCACCUUCCGAAAGGUAUGGGAGGACUUGGAAUUUGGAAACUUCUGUUGUCACGACUCUACAAGGUUAAAUACCCUGCUCUUUUCUCGUAUGGUUCCCCUCCUCCUUAUAGUCCUUCUUGGGGUUAUCGUGGACUUCUAUCUGGGUUUAAGCUGCUAUCCCAGGGGUUGGCUUGGAAAGUGGGGUCCGGGUCUAAGGUUCUGAUUGCUUAUGACUCUUGGGUUUCGGAUGGUCCAGUUACAUUUAAAGACUCUGUGCUUGCCAAUGCUAUCCUGGCUCUCGAACGUCCUUCUGUUCCCACGGAUGACUUUGUGUACUGGAAAUUCACUCAUGCAGGAAAUUACACUAUGAAGUCGGCCUAUUUUGUCCUAGUUGGAAAUGAUUUCUCCACACCUCCGCCGUCUUCCAUUCCUGUUACUUGGUGGAAGCGUUUUUGGGGCCUUUGUAUUCUUCCCCCGUUCAAGAUCUUCAUUUGGAAAUCACGUCACAAUUCCAUGCCUGUGGCGGCUACCCUCUAUGACCGGGGAAUGCCGGUGGAUCCUCUUUGUAGUUUCUGUCACGCAACACCAGAAACCGCUGCACACCUGUUUCGGGACUGCUCCCUCAUUACCUACUGGUGGCAUGCUUUCCCCUUGUCUUCAUUAGUGAUGCUUCCGUUGUCUGAGCCUUUUCCUGUAUGGUGUGCACAUAUGUUUUCUUUUCUCUCUUCUUGUCAUUCCACUCCAGGAGAACUGGAUGCGUUCAUUACUGCUCUUUGGUCAUGCUGGAUUAUCAGGAACGACAUUCAGUUUCGAGGUACUACUUUUUCUCCAGUUGCUUUGUCCUCUGUGCUUAACAUCUGGUGCUUAGGCCUAAAGGAGGAUGCCUCGCUAGCUGCUACUAUGUCUUGCUAUGAAUCUUCUACUGCUCAUCCUCUACCUCAUCCCCUAAUUUUUUUCGAUGGUCUUCUCAGUGCUAAUUGGGCUAUGACUGGGGUUUGUCUUGUAAUUGAUGGAGCCUGGACCCCUGACAACUUGGCGGGUGUUGCUUGGAUUUUUAGGGAUAACAACUCCCAUGACUCUUUGGGAGGAGGUGCUCAGGCUUGUAUUUUAGGCUCUCCUCUUCAGGCUGAGCUUAAAGCGUGUGCCCUUGGCCUCCGGGCUGCGGUUCGAAAGGGUUACUCUUCGCUUCUUAUCUACUUCGACUCUGCCAGUUUGGUUCGUAUGCUUCAACGACGUCUAAUUCCCCCCAUUUCCAUUUCCUGGCUGCUAGGGGAGGUUCGUAGUCAAUUUGUUUCUUUGACUGCAUUCUCAGUUCGCAAGGUGCCGCGCUCUUCUGUUGCUGAAGCUCAUGUGCUGGCUAGCAGGCUCGUCGUCGCCAUGUUAUUUCGCUUUCGUUUUAAUUUUUGUGUUUGCUGCUUUUGUUUGUAG